AUGAGCAGUCAACUGCAGCACUUUUUCAACUCACUACCUCGAUUGGAACAAGGAAAGGAUGAAAACUUUGAUGAACAGCGUUCGCAAUGUUCGUUUUCGAUCGACAACCUGCUGCGGCCGGAAAGCGACGAGAAGCAGACAUCCAAUUCGCCAGAAUCGGACGUGACGGCGUACACCCUUGAUGCCCUUGAGGUGUCUGAUGGAAGAACAAAGCGAGAACGAAAAUUUUCUUCAUCGCGUAGUGUCUGCGAUCAGUGCGGCAAGUCCUACGCAACUACUAGUAACCUCAGCAGACAUAAACAGACACAUCGGCCGUUGGACAGUGAACACGCGAAGCAAUGCCCACAUUGUGAUCGAGUCUAUGUCAGUAUGCCGGCGUUGAGG